AUGGAGAAUUUCAAUCCAAAAAGCGUGAACGAGGUUUUCUUACAAUUCAAGGGUCGAAGGACGGCCUUACUCAGCGCUCUCACUAAGGGUACGAAUGAAUGGGGUUUUUCUUUAUGCGUUUUUCCAGAUUUUGAUGAAGUUUAUAGGCAGUGUGACCCAGCUCAGAAUUGGAAGCUUUGCCUUAUUGGACAUCCGGGUGAACGAUGGGAAGUGAAUAUUGCAGAAGAAGAAAUGCAUGUAGUGCUUCCUCAACCCCUUAGGGGCAUUAACUUUGGUCGAGAUAGAAUGGACAAAAGGGAGUGGCUUACUAUGCUUGCACUUCACAGUGACACAUGGCUACUUCGUGUUGCAUUCAAUUUUAGUUCAAGAUUUCGCCAUGACAAGGCUGAUAGGAGUCGGCUUUUCGAUAUGAUAAAUGAACUCCCUACCAUUUUAGAAGUUGUGUCUGGGAAAGCUGUGGAACCACCAAAACACAACCCAAAACUGCGCAAUGAUGACAGCAAUAAGCCAAAGAGAAAGUGGCCAACACCACCGCCAGUAAAUGUGUGUGGAAAAUGCAAUGAGGGGUAUAUAGUUCUAUAUGGUCUGCAACCAUAUACAGCCAGUCCAUCUUUUGCAUCUCAUCUCUAA